AUGGGAGCCGGCGACGGCAGUUCGUUGAAGCAGUCGGGGAAGAGCAUGGUCGACAUCCUCAGGAAGCACUGGGCUCAGGUUGGAGCGGCCAGCACGGGCCAUGGUGGUGGGGGUCCCGCCGACGAGCAUGCCACUGAUGACGCACUGCCAAUGGCUCCGCCUUCGGUCGGCGUUAAGCCACCACGACAGGGUAGCGGUGAGAAAGGACUGCGCGACAAGGAGAAGGCCGCCACCAAAACGGCCCCAGGCGGGUCCGGGAAAGCUGGCCAGGGCCCGAAGACAGGGGUUGCGGAGGCGUCAGCGGUUCCUCACCAGUCUCCCGCGGGUGCACGCCAUCCGACCGGACCGUCUGCCGGGCGACCUACCGACGUCCCGCGCCAUGCCGACGUAUUGUCUGCCGACAAGGUUGGCCGCGCGGGAAAAGGGGCGGUAGUUGCGGACGCGCUCAAGGAGCAGCUCAGGCUCCUAGCCGGCCACAGGGCUGUUCAACAGCCCCCCCCUGCUGUCGACGUCCCAUCGGCCAGUGUGCCACGUGUAGUGCCGGUCGUCGCCGCCCGUACUCCUGAAGACCCAAAGUCCGCGUUGCUGCGUGCCCAGGUGGGCGCACUAGCAUCGACUGAGAGGAAUCAGCAGGCUUCUGGCUCUGGCUCUAAGCCGUCGUCGGCGAAUGUCGCACCACCCACCCAUGUGGCAGCUGAUGUGGAGAAGGCGGCGGAGAAGGGCGUUCGUGCCGCGCUUGCCACCGGCGGCGGCGCCGUUGAGGAGGGGAAGGACAAGUCGGUCGGAGAACGUGCGUCGACCGGGAGAAAGGGGAAGGAGAAGGCGGUCGGCGAGGGUUCCAAGAAGGGGAGAAAGGGAAAGAGGAAGGCGGAGGAGGAGGAUGAGGAUGUCGAGGAGGUGGAGGAGGUCGAGCAGGAGGAAGAGGAGGAGGAGGAGGAGGAGGAGGAGGAGGAGGAGGAGGAGGAGGAGGAGGAGGAGGAGGAGGAGGAGGAGGAGGAGGAGGAGGAGGAGGGGAAGGGCAAGGAGAGGAGGGGGCAUGGCAUCCGACACGAUACCUCGAGCGACAAGCAAGGGUGGGUCGGCGAGAUUAAGGUGCACGGCAUCAAUCGAUACAUCGGCAAGUCGCGGGACAAGAUGGAGCUCGCGUAUGUUCACUCCAUCGCGUACGUCAUCUACGACGGUUUCGUGAGCAAGGUGCUCAUGACCGAGCUCACCGGCUUGGACAGCGCCGAAUUGGAGAGGUGGAAGGAGGUGUGGGAGGAGGUCAGGAUCUUGCCGACAGGGAUGUGGACGGUGAAGUGGGCCCGGGGUACGCUCCUUCCAAAGACACGGCUGACAGAGAUCCUCGACGCGUAUCGCCAUUACAAGUCCACAGGCGAUUGUCUCCACGCCGCGCUCCUGCCAGCGAUAUGGUACCCAGUCGAUGCUAGCACCGAGGAAGGCCGGGAGAAGUCGGCGUCCAUGAUGUCGGCGAUGAUAGGCCGCGUGUCAAUGUGCGCUGCAUAUGGGAAGACCGCUGCGGCAACGGUGAAGAAGGAGGGAGACAAGGAGGAGAAGACGGAUAUGGCGGCAUGGGCGUUAGCUGCAUCCGCAUGCGCUGUGUGGUGCUUUGUCGAGAACGGCGAUGCCCAGCUGGCGGAUGCUGUGGAAGAAGGGAAGUCGGCGGCGAUCAUCGGCGGAGCGAGCUAG